AUAGGUGAUUAUUGGAGUCGGCCAUGUUGAAUCACCAAUAGUGUUUUGAGCUCCCUGUUUCUAUGUCAUUCAACUAUCGUGCAAGUGUUUGUGAACGUGCAUUGUUGACGAUGACGUAUUGGACGUUGUUAAACCCGAAAGAAGCAGCUGCCAUUAGCCUCAAAGUGUAGAUUCGAUUGUUGAGCUCGUCAAUUGACGGGCUAUCUUCCUACAGGUCAAAAUGAAGUUUGGGGUCAUGAUAAUCGCGUUUGCAGUUUCUCAACAAAUUUGUGCAGUGGACAGUGAGACGGAGACAACGGGUCGGAAGUGUGCCAAGUACAACCAUAAAUGCACAAGUGAUGACUGCCCGACUGAGGAGGUCUGCCAAGAUCCCAAAGGAGUCACCAAGGCCUCCUUCUGCUACGCCUCAUGGAUAAACACGUCCAGUGAGAUUCAGCUGGUAAUGAAGGGCUGUUGGCUUAAUGACAAGAGUUGUACAGGACUUUCCAAAUGUGUUCGAACACACACCGUGAAGCAUGUAGACUUUUGUUGUUGUGACGGGGACAUGUGCAACAGUGAGAUUGAGGCUAAUCCAAUCGAGCAACUUCCCAUCACGACUACCAGUGAGCCUGGCAUUGUUAGAAAAACGGGAGACGAGCAGUUAUUACGAACAAUAAUGUAUUCGAUUGUACCAAUCAUUGGGGUUUGCUUCAUCGUUGUGGUUGUAUUCUGGAUGUGGCGGCGACAUCAACGCAACAUCUACAUGUACCAUCAACAACUGCCAACAGUUGAUCCAAUUUCGGCAACGCCAUCAGAAAUAGCCUUGUGCCCCCUUCAGCUGAUAGAGCUCAGGGCGCGUGGACGGUUUGGCUCUGUGUGGAAGGCGCAGCUACAUAACGAAAACGUAGCUGUGAAAAUCUUCCCGCUGCAAGACAAGCACUCGUGGAUGACCGAACAAGAGAUCUACAACCUGCCGCAGAUGAACCAUGAGAAUGUACUGCACUUCAUGGCAGCCGAAAAAAGGGGAGAUAAUUUAAACAUUGAGCUAUGGCUUAUCACCGAGUUCCAUGAAAAAGGUUCCUUGUGUGAUUGCCUGAAGGGCCGCAUCUUAACAUGGAGUGAUUUGUGCAAGAUUGCUGAAGGAAUGGCAAGGGGCCUGGCUUACCUCCAUGAUGAAAUCCCGGCCAGCAAGGGAAGUGAUGCCAAACCAGCUAUUGCUCAUCGGGAUUUCAAGAGCAAAAAUGUUUUGUUGAAAAAUGAUUUGACUGCUUGUAUUGCUGACUUUGGUCUUGCUCUUAAGUUCGAGCCAGGCAAAAAUCCCGGAGAAACCCAUGGUCUGGUGGGCACCAGACGUUACAUGGCCCCUGAGAUCCUCGAGGGAGCCAUUUGUUUUAACAGGGACGCAUUUCUCAGGAUUGACAUGUACGCAUGUGGCCUUGUUCUCUGGGAACUCAUGGCAAGGUGCAAUGUACUAGGAGAUGUUGAGGAGUACCAGCUGCCAUAUGAAGAGGAGAUAGGUCCUCAUCCAAGCUUAGAGGAAAUGCAGGACCUUGUCGUCUUAAGAAAAGUACGACCCAUCAUCAAGGACAUCUGGCACACACAUCCAGGCGUUGCUCAGCUAAUCUGUACAAUAGAAGAGUGCUGGGAUCACGAUGCUGAGGCUCGGUUAUCGGCAGCAGGCGUGGAGGAACGUAUUGCCGUCUUGGCGCGUACUGUGAACAUUUCUACCUCUACAAAUCACCUCGUUCCUUCUGUGGCCAUCAUCGGCACCGAGGAAGACAUGCCUGCCAAAGACUCAAGCAUCUAACUAUUGGGAGCAUCUAUGAUGAUACGGGUGUGCCAAAACAUGCGCCUUGGACGGAGGCGAACUGGUGACAGACCAGACAGGAAGUGACUGGGUGAAAGUCCAUUGGAUUGUGGGUAAUCCAGUAAAAGAAUUUAAUCCCGACAGUGCUCGGUCAACUUGAUGCAGUUCCGGCUGGCAGGUUUAGUGCUGUGUGUGGAUUAAAUCGGACUGUGAUCUUCACUUUGGGUUGUUGGCCGAGACUGGUGCGCAAUGAUCCAUUUAAUCACUGGAUCAUGAUUUUGACUGUGACAUUGUCUGCAGUCAGUCUCCAGGGAAGAGCUGAGGCCAGGACUUGUCAUGACUUCAUUAGGUUGAAGGACUACGUGAAGAUUUCCUUUUCAUCAAGAGUGAUGGUCAAUUUUUGAAAAGUAGUGAAUCCAAACGUAACGAAAUCUUUACAUUAAAAGAAUCAUGUCAAUACUUUGACAUAAUCAAGUGAGAGACAGCAAGCUACAAGUUCAUCAAUUUUGUCUGUGUCAAAGUUGGGAUGUGAACCUCCUGCAAAUCUUCCAACUAAAGUCUCGUCACUGAAAGAUGCAAACUUUUUAAUGUCACAAGUUAAUCCGAGUAUUUCCUUGCUAUUAAAAUGUCUCAAAUACAAAUUGUGAUGUACUUUACACAUAAAAACCUUGUCAUUGUGAGUCAAUUUCCCUACAGACGUUUUGGAAACACUUUGGAAAUCACCUUAAUGACAAGUGUUGUUGAAACUCCUACUUGAUCCUACCUUGCUGAUCACUAAUGAUGUACUUGAGGACAUAUGAUCAACAUUGAUGUGCUUACAGCUGUAACGAGGAGACAUGAGGACAGUGUUAACCCCUUCCAUGUGGGACUGCUGCUGCUGUGGCCAGCUAGAAUGUACCUUGAUAGACAUCAACCGGGCAGGGGUUAAUACUGGGUUGAUUGUUCAAGUGCCAUACUCCAGUGAUGCUGUAGUUGAGUGCUGUUACCAUUGGAUACUGCUGUUGACAGACUGGACAAAUAUAUAGUGCUGCUAUUUGGGAGCCCUUUUUGAGGCAAUCGCUGAUCUUAAUCCAUAAGGAACUGCAGUCAGUACUCAUGAUGAAUGACAUACAAGGAACGAAUCGGCACCUUAAGCCACUAGUCCGAAACAAUAAAUAUAUUCUGGUCUCGUAAGCUAAGCAAAUCAUAGUCUAAUCUAAGUGAAAAAUCACUAAAUGACAAGUUUUGGGUUAGUAGAGAAAAGGUUGCUAUUAUGAACUGUUUCUAGAACACUUGGAAUCUUUUUUUUACAGACAUUAACCUGGUAUUUCCGAAUUGAUUCCGUCUGGGCAUUUAUGUUACUCAAAAGAAGUUAAAGAACACCCGAUUCUGUCAAGUGACUAUUGCUAGCAUGUCAUGGCAUCAUGAUUAGCUGAUCAUAUGAAACAUUUGUGUGUUCUUUAAGUUCUUUUGAGUUGUAUAUAUUCUUACCAAAGACAUUAGCAGUAUGAUCAAGGCUCAGUGGAGAUAUUAUCUGCAGUUUCUAAUGGAGUAAGGUCAAGUGCUCCUAAUGCCAUCAGGGAAUUUCCUUGAUUGUUGUAUUCUGUGGUAAUUGUGUGUACAAUGUAGAAUUAUGUGCAUCUUUAACCUUCAGAAUGCUGAGUCUACACUUUGUUUCAGGAGUAAUUAUUUUAAUAUGAACUGUCUAUAGCUUGAGUUCUCCUAUACACUCAUAACCUUACAUGUGUACAUUUUAAGAAAUGUAUGAUGAAAUCUAUACAAUGAAAUAUUAAUCAAGAUAAAUUCAGCUCUUCCUUCCGUCAGCUCUUAGGGUUACCUUUAUAUGCCUGAAUGGUUGUGUAGAAUUGGUUGUCACAUUAGGAUUUUUUUAAUCUGUUGGUUUUAUUCAUUUUAUGUCCUUUUAUAGUCUUUUGAGUGUGCAAAAUAAAAUGGCAGUACCUUGGAUGAUACACUUGAAAGAACUGUCAUACUGAAGAGGGACCAUCUCAAAAGUUGUUUCUGACAUUUAGUCAAAGAAAUGUAAUUUGAAGCAAUUGUUGAUAUUUCAUAAAGUGACUCGAACAAGAUUUUUGUGAAGUUCUUGCUAGUUCUUGCCCUGUUUUGGUUAUUCGAUAUGACUUUUGAGAAGGCCUCUUACAUUCUUUUUGUAAAUCUUGUACAUAUCUUCAUGAAAUGUGUGUAGACACGGAGACUCUGUAUGGAGGAAUUAUUGAUACCGUAAUUAUUGUUGUAGUACAAAUAAACAAAAUGUUUGUCAGCUUUUUGGGGGGGAUGUAAGAAACACCCAAGUUCAAUAUACUUUUUUUAUUAUAAACUAUUUUUAUUGUUUUUAUAAGAUAUUGUUUUUAAUGAUGUAAUUAACCUACAGAUGCUAGCAGGGUUAUAGAUAUAACCCUGCUAUGCAGAUAUUAAUAUUGCAUUUUAUUAAUGUCUGAAUUCUGUUAUUGAAAUUGAAUUUUAUCAAAAGUGUUAUGUUUUUAAUGGGAGACAAAGAAAAAACAUGAAAUUUUAAAGUUUGUUUCCAUAUUUUGUGUGUUUGUAUUAUUGGAAUAAUUGUCUAUUUCUUUGUGGGCCUGAAAAGCACAUGCAGAAUGCACAUCUUGAUUUUCAAGUUACUGUGUGUUUGUGAAAUAGUUGUAUAAAGUAAUUGUUCAGAAUUUAACAUUUUUGGUCAAUUUUGAGAAUAUUUUGAAACGGUCACUUGUAUAGUAAUAACUCCAUUUCCCGAAAUCACAGUAUGAAAUCAUGAUGUGUUUUGAGAAUGCUUUUCAGUUAAACUGAUCCUGAAAAGAAUUGUGAAAGUUAGGAUUUACAUUUUGAGUGCUAGAAUUCCUCUUGAUUCUGUGUAUGGAUAUGUCGGUGUCUAUCAAUCUGGGUAUGUUGUACACUGUUGUCUUGUUCUAUAGCAGUGUUUUCUGAAGAUGAAAAACAUCCAAUCAGGUUUAGCAAAGAUUAAAACAAACAUUGAAUUA